AUGUGGGGGGCUUUUGAGCUUGCAUCUAUCCAGGACCAGGAAAUAAGGUCCCUUUCUGGUGGAAACCGAGCUCUGGACGGCCUUUUCCAAUCGCUAUUGUCGGCAGCAAUUGGGUAUGGCUUAUAUCUCAUCCUUUCUAAGAAAGAUCCUGACGAACAGCAGAAGCACGAAACUUUCCGAAAAACAUCAAGCAGAUAUCUCUAG